CGGUUCUGUAAUUUCGCCGUCUAAAGUCGAUAGUAGUACGCAUGCGUGCGCGCAUCCAUGUUGCUAAAGUAUAAAAAGCAAUGUGCGCACUUCAAGUGCAACUUAGUACGCAACUGACUGAACUGAGCAACUCAUUACUAGAAGUUAGCAAGUAACAUUAAGGAAUUCAAAUAGAAAAUGGCUAGUUACCUGCUGAAACUCGCAAUCGCCUGCACACUUAUCGCCGUGUUGUAUGCUGCGCCUGCGCCGAAACCAGCUGGCGCUCAAGCGCGCACUUUCGGCGGCUUGGGUCUGGGUGCCGCAUUUGGUUUGGGUGGUUUUGGUGGUUACGGUGGUUAUGGUGGAUACGGUGGCUACCCCGGCUACUACGGCGGCUAUCCAGGCGGUUAUGGCGGCUAUUAUGGUCGACCAGGUUUCGGCGGCGGCUAUUAUCCCGGCUAUGGUGGCGGUUAUGGCGGCAUUGGCAAUUAUGGUGGCUCCUACAGCCAAUCGCAGUCACAGAGUCAGUCGCAUAGUCAAAGUGGUUACUACAAUGGUGGUUAUGGUGGUUUCGGAAAUGGUUUCUUUGGUUAACACACUCAAGUUCUUAGUGCUAAUUAAUAAGUUUAGUGAUAGGUAAUUUUAAAUGCGAAUUUUUGUACAAAAAGUAAAUAAACCAUAUGUGUAUGCAUAA